AUGUCUGCGGAUAUCCCGCAGACUGAAAAUCUCAUGCCCUCAACCACAAAAUCUAAUAAUGAAAACCCCACCAACCCCUCGUCCCCAGCUGCGGUCGGCGGCCAUUUGCGCGCGAGAACGAAUACGGCGGAAAUUGAUAGUACCAUCAUUCAUCCGGGAAGUGUGAAGAUUAAUGUUACCGGCGCAUUUAUAGUCGAUCACGAUUCCCUUUCGCCGAAAGAAUUGAAUGUCAACGAGAGAAAUUAUGAUACCAAAGAUAUCCGAUUGCCAAAUCAUACGGCGGUUGUCAGUCAUAUUGCUGUGGAUAUUGGAGGUUCUCUAGCCAAACUCGUAUACUUCUCGAGGGAGGGGCAUUCGCGCGAACCCGGCGGCCGACUCAAUUUUAUGAACUUCGAGACUGAUCGCAUAGAUGAUUGUGUGGAGUUUAUGAAACAGCUGCAGAUUAAGCAACAGAAACUCAAUGGGUCGAGGCCAGGAGAUUUAUGUGUGAUGGCAACGGGUGGAGGGGCAUACAAGUACUAUGAUAAGAUUAAGGAAGCUCUGGGUGUGGAUGUUAUACGGGAGGAUGAAAUGGAAUGUUUGAUCAUUGGUCUUGAUUUCUUCAUCACCGAAAUACCUCGCGAAGUAUUUACAUAUAGUGAAAGAGACCCCAUGCAUUUCACCUCGCCCAGCCCGGACAUAUACCCUUACCUCCUGGUCAACAUAGGCAGUGGUGUAUCCAUGAUAAAAGUAUCCGGACCAAGAGCAUACCAAAGAGUAGGCGGAACAUCUCUUGGCGGUGGCACACUCUGGGGACUGCUCUCCCUUCUCACCGGGGCCCGAACAUUCGACGACAUGCUCGGCAUGGCCGAACGAGGCGACAAUGCCAAAGUCGACAUGUUAGUCGGCGAUAUCUACGGCGCCGACUAUGGUAAAAUUGGACUCAAAAGUAGCACAAUCGCCAGUUCCUUCGGCAAAGUAUUCCGCAUGAAACGGGAAGCCGAACGAUUAGCCGAAGAUUCAGGAGGGCAAAACAACAGCGAAGAACCGUCCAGCUCCUCUCAUCCUACCGAACCAUCCCCCUUUUCCCACGAAGAUAUUUCCCGCUCCCUCCUCUACGCCAUAUCCAACAACAUCGGACAAAUCGCGUACUUGCAAUCGGAAAAACAUUCUUUGUCGACGAUAUAUUUUGGGGGAAGUUUUAUCAGGGGUCACAGACAAACGAUCAAUACAUUAAGUUACGCGAUCAAAUUUUGGAGUAACGGGGAGAAAAAGGCCAUGUUUUUGAGACACGAAGGGUACUUGGGGAGCGUGGGGGCGUUCUUGAAGAGAAAGCCAGAGGGGUGGGGGAGAAGGAUGAGUUUUGAAGAGAGUGGGGGUGCAGGGGAGGGAGGCGUGAAAGAUAUCGGCGAGGAGUUGAAGGCUCUAAGGAGAGAGGUAGGAAAGGCUGAAUAA